CAUAGUAAAGUGGGUGAACUACUAUAAAUCGUAGGAUUUCUCUUACCAUGGGUGCAUCAUAAGGUAUGAUAUCGUCCGUAUAUCAAUUGCGAUAUUUUGCCUCAUGUAUUUUAAAGUCUAUAAAACCUGCAAGCAGAAAAUUAGGACGUUCGUUAAACCAAAUUUCAUCUAUUCAUUCAAAACCGGGAAUUCACAGGUCAAAUGUACACAUUCAUUUAGUGUGUUUCACGGGGCACAUUCAACAUAACUGUUAUUAGGUUAAAUAAAUAUCCGGUUUAAACUUGAAUCUUGUCAUUACUUAAUAUUUACUUGAUAUAAUAUAUGUCUUUAAGACACGCCAUCUUCAUUUGUCCGGUCGGUGUAGAAAGAUAGGACCAUGCCCACCCCCCCAUUUCAUUCAUUUAUUCAUUAAUUCUUUAUGACACGGUAACAUGGCCGACAUAACUCACAAUAACAACGUAACAAGGACGACUUACAACUCUUCUAACAAUCUGUGUGUUGGUAGUGAUGAUUGUCCAGGCGAUAGAUCAGAUGGUACAAUAACCGUUAUACCUGCCACUGUUGUUGUCAUUGUUGCUAUGGUGAUAGAACUAUUUGUAAUAUUAACUAUUACUUUUAUUAGAAAAUUGCGAGUAGGUCGACCACAACGACAACUUGCCAAAUUUGUUCAAGUGCUUCAUUGUUGCAGUCAUAUUUCAUCAUUGUUCGUCUAUUUAUUGGGAUUUUAUAUUGACGGUUCUAAUAAUUAUAUAUUAUGUGCUGCAAUAGCCGUUAUAUUACAUUACUUUGUAUUGAUGACCUUUGUAUGGGGUGUUAUAGAAAUGGUCACAAAUUACCUAUUGUAUAUUAUAUUUCAUGGAUUAGAUUUUAAUGGAUUACGAUGGAAAUUCCUUCUCAUUGGCUCAGUGUUACCUGUGUUACCUGUUAUAGUCCUGCUAUCAUUUCAAUUAAACAGUUACAAUACAAUUAGAGAUAUAUGCUGGAUCAGACCAAACUAUAUUUAUUAUUUUCUGUUCAUACCAGCGGGUGUAGCAUUUACACUGUCCUUCAUCGGUUUCGCUAUCAUCUUCGUUAUCACCACUAGAAUGUCAUCCAUGACAGCUCCAGCACGGACCACCAAAAAACGAAUUUUGACGAGAAUAACUUUACUACUUGCGGCUCUGAUAUUUAACGGUUUGAGUUGGAGUUUUGGGUAUCUGGUAUCAUCUGAAGAUUGUGUAUUAUUUUACUACUUGAUGAGUGUAUCAGCUCUUUUAUACGGACUGGUUAUGUUAAGGAAAUAUUUCGAUCCUACAUCUAGACUAUUUUGGCAAAAUAUUUUAAAGCCAGCUCCUCAAACAACUACUCGGGUCUAGCAAGAAAGAAGUCCUAUCCAGCUCCUCAAAUAACUACCCGGGUCUAGCAAGAGAGAUGUUAAAGCCAGCUCCACAAACAACUACCCAGGUCUAGCAAGAGAGAUGUUGCAGCCAGCUCCCCAAACAACUACCCGGGUCUAUAGCAAGAGAGGUGUUGAAGCCAGCUCCACAAGCAACUACAUGGGUCUAGCCAGAGAGGUGUUGCAGUCAGCUCCUCAAACAACUACUCGGGUCUAGCGGGAAAGCAAUGCCAAACUGGUAAACCACCAUUGAUAGUUGUUAUUUUAACUUGAAGAUCGUGACGUUGUAUAUGAACUUUAUAUUCUACCGGAAGUGAAGUAAAUGUGGUCCCUUUAUAAUCAAUGCUCCCACAUCAUUGUUUAUAUCGUUGACAUUUUUUUUAUUUCAAACUCGAAGAUGGCAAUGGCUUGACGUGUUAAAUGAGCUUUGCAUUCUAGUCCUACCUGAAAUGAAGUAUAUAAAGUCCCUUUAACUUCAUUAGCUUUAUAACCAAAGUGUAAAUAAAUCUCGUUUAUAAUUA